AUGGCAGAGGCCACCCUCCACAACGCUCCGAUCGUCAUCGACAAUGGCAGCGGGACCAUCCGCGCCGGCUUUGCUGGUGAGGAGAUCCCCUCCUGCUACUUCCCCUCGUUCGUGGGCCGGCCCAAACAUCCGCGGGUGAUGGCCGGCGGUCUCGAAGGCGACGUCUUUAUCGGACAACGAGCUCAAGAAUUGCGCGGCUUGCUUAAGAUUCGCUACCCUUUGGAACAUGGAAUCGUAACAGACUGGGAUGAUAUGGAGAAAAUCUGGCACUAUGUGUACGAGAACGAGCUGAAAACGCUGCCGGAGGAACACCCGGUGCUCCUGACGGAGCCACCGCUCAACCCACGCAAGAACCGCGACGCUGCCGCCCAGAUCAUGUUCGAGACCUUUAACGUUCCGGCGCUGUACACCUCGAUUCAAGCUGUGCUGUCAUUGUACGCGUCUGGUCGGACAACAGGUGUGGUUCUCGAUUCAGGGGAUGGUGUGUCCCAUGCGGUACCGGUGUUUGAAGGUUUCGCGAUCCCGAACAGUAUACGACGGAUUGAUGUCGCGGGUCGGGAUGUGACGGAGCAGCUGCAACUACUGUUACGAAAGAAUGGACAUGUGCUGCAUACCAGUGCGGAGAAGGAGGUCGUCCGCAUGAUCAAGGAGAAGGUGUGCUACGUUUCGCUGGAUCCGAAGCGGGAGGAGAAGGACUGGAUGAAUAGCUAUCACAAGUCGGAGACGAAGUCCGUCGACUAUGCGCUGCCGGAUGGACAUAAGAUCAAGAUCGGACAAGAACGCUACCGCGCCCCCGAGAUUCUCUUCGAUCCGGAACUUAUUGGCUUGGAAUACCCUGGUGUACAUCAAAUCGUGCAGGACGCCAUUACCCGGACGGACCUCGAUUUGCGGAAGUCGCUCUACCUCAACAUCGUCCUGUCUGGUGGAUCAACGCUGUGCAAGAAUUUCCCGGACCGGUUGAUGCGCGAGAUUAAGCGUCUGGCCGUGGAGGAUAUGAAGAUCCGAAUCUCUGCCCCCGCGGAACGGAAGUACACGACAUGGAUCGGAGGUGGUAUUCUUGCUGGUUUGAGCACCUUCCGGAAGAUGUGGGUGAGCGCAGACGAAUGGCACGAAGACCCCGAGAUCAUCCACCGGAAGUUCGCUUAG